UGUGAUUCACCACAAUGUCCCGAAGUUUAUAUACAUAUAUAGAGAGGAAUCGCAAUCUUGUGUUUUAACAAAAUGAUGACAUUUUGACAGUGAAAAAUCUGAUGUGCAUGAUGGCUUCUUAUUUGUUGUGUGCUGUGCAACUGAGACUUGAUCCAAGGACAAAUCCUGGCUAUUGUGUAAUUCACAAUAUUGUUAACAAGAAGUUCCUCUAACACACUGAUUAGGGAGAUUGAAGGCUUCAGUGAAGUAUAGAGUUAGGAUAGCCUACUACUAAAGUGAUCUUUGUCUUUAGUUUAGUGUAGUGACAGUGUACAUUUGGAUAUUGUUUGUUACUUUAGCGAAUAGGAGUCUAUUGUCGUACACAUAAUGUAUAAUUGGUUUCAGAUUGUUGUUGCAAUGUAGUUGGGAGAACCAUGUACCGGUAGCAAAAUUUCACACCAGAAAUGCAGGCUGCGUACCUCACACAUAUUUGCAGAAAAAACAGAUUAUUUUCAAGUUUGAUUAAACCUGGAUGAAAAUCAAAGUAAAUCCAGCUCGAAUAUGACUACUGAGACAAAAACCAUGCCUUCAAGUGAACAACCCGAAAGUGCGGAGUCAAAUGUCAACAGUAAACUGCUAGAUAAGGAUUCUGGUACUUCAGCAACAAAUAAAGGAACAAAUGAGAAUGCACCUGUGGAUUCUGAUACAAUAAAAGACAAUUACAUGGGCAGAGUUGGGAAGAUUUUUGGAAAGUACGGGAGAUUUGUAGCUACUUACCCUCUUUUCUUCAUCAUCACACCCUUGAUAGUAUGUGGCUUGCUAGGUUUAGGACUUCUAAAUAUGUCCUCGGAAUCCGACAUCGAAACAUUGUACGUUCCAGUCAACAGUCGUACUGCUUCCGAGAGAAAAAAAGUGAACUCGUUAUUUCCGGACAAAUCGGAUUCCAAUUUUUUUGAACAAAGUUUAGGUGUGAUGAACUUAUAUGGUGACCUUAUGAUAAAGAGUCGCGAUAACAGAGACGUUUUAUCGAUAGAAGUCGUGGAUGAAAUCAAAAACAUUACAUCACAACUCAAACUGUUUUCUUUUGAAGAUGGUGGCGUUAAUUUUACCUAUAUCGAUGUCUGUGCCGUUCAAAACGGGGCAUGUUUUAUUAAUGGGGAGUUUAUAUUAGGAGAUGAUUUUAUACAACGCUACCAAGGUGGAAGCAUCACAUACCCAAAAUGGACAAGCCCACAAGGUAUCCCCACGGAUCUAUCAGGAUUAAUUAAAGGCAAUGCUAAUGCUUCCAUGGUGUUAGAAUCAGUUUCUACUCUGUAUUUGAAGUUCAACCUUCGACAAGAUAACAUUUCGCGAAGUAAAAAAUGGGAGAUAGAAUUUCUUGACGUCCUGUCCAAAAUGUCAACAAAUCUGACAGAUGUAGCUUAUUCUGUGUCAUCGUCGCUGGAUAGGGAACUGAACAAAAAUACGGGACAAGAUAUCGUUUGGUUUUCGCUCUCAUUUUCGAUAUUGAUUACAUAUGCUUCAUUCGUAGCUGCAGGUGGAAACUGUGUUUCUAACCGUAGUCAUUUAGCACGAGCUGGAGUCAUAGGAGUGGCGUUAGCUAUCUUAGCAUCUUUUGGGAUCCUUAGUGCUGGUGGUCUUAAAUUCGUUAAUAUUGUUGGAGUCAUGCCAUUCUUAGCAUUGGGUGUAGGAGUGGACUCCAUGUUUGUGAUCAUGUCAGAAUGGACAGAACAUCACAAGAAAGCAACUACUGAGGAUCAGAUGGAGGCAACAUUAAGAGGGUGUGGUGGUUCUAUAACUAUAGCUUCACUAACUGAUAUUACAGCUUUCUUCAUAGGAGCCGCAUCUCAAUUCAUCAGCAUCAGAAACUUCUGUUUAUACACUGGUUUCGCUCUUGCCAUCUGCUUUUUAUGCCACCUGACCUUUUUCAUUGGUUGUUUGGCUCUGCACGGUAGGAGAGUACGAAGUAACCGUCACUGCAUUACUUGCCUAGAGACUGAGGACGAAGAAACCAUGAAAUUGACAAGUAAUUCCCUCACUGUUUUCCUUUGUUCGGGAAAAAAGCCAGAAAAGCGAGAAGAUGAUGAAAGUUUGUGCGAAAAGAUACCACGAAUCUUACUAACUAAAACAGUUCUGAAGAAUGGAACCAAGGCAGUGGUUAUUCUUCUAUUUUUGGUAUAUCAUGGUUUUUCCGUAUGGGGAGUCAUUAACCUAAAACAAGGAUUAAUUUUAAGAAAUUUAAUAAGUGAUACUUCGUAUUUUAACAAGUAUGAAACUUGGAGAAGCUCAGAAUUUGAAACAAGAUUCAGCAUCUCUUUUAUCUUUGAAAACAUUGAUUAUCUAAAUGAAGCCCAAGUUAAUUCUAUGAAAAAUUUAAUGAAGUCUGUUCAAGACGAAUCCAUCGUGGAAAAUAAUUCGUUACUUUGUUGGUACCAUCAAUACGAGGUCAGUAACAACUUCAACAAAGUUUCUCAGAAUCAGUUCAUUAGUAAUUUACGGACUUUCUUAUCUCAUCGUCCACAUAUUUCUAACGACGUUGAAUUUACUUCUGAUGGUAGCGCAAUUAAAGCGUCACGGUGUUACAUUUUUACUGCCAAUCUACCAGAUUCAACGGAUCAUGGUAAUCUCAUGUUGCGGAUGAGGGAACUUGCUGAUGGAUCUGAUCUUGAUGUAUUUGCUUAUACUCCACCAUUUAUAUUUUUUGAACAGUAUGUAGUUAUAUUGCCCAAUACCUUACAGACAGUUGGUAUUGCGGUGAUCUGUAUGUUGGUAAUCACGAUAAUAUUUAUGCCUCAUCCCAUAAUGGUCGCAUUGGUAACCCUAAAUUUGAUCAGUAUCCUGGUGGGAAUUUUCGGGUUUCUGUAUUUCUGGGAUUUAACUUUAAGCUCUAUUACUAUGAUACAUCUUAUAAUGAGUGUAGGGUUUUCCGUGGAUUUUAGUGUCCACGUAUGUCAUGGGUUCAUGUCUUCCGAUAAAGUCGACAAAGAUGGCAAGGCACAAGAUGCAUUAACGAUUUCUGCCGCUCCCGUUAUUAAUGGUGGAUUGUCAUCUCUACUUGGCAUUUGCACGCUGGUAGGGUCCCAGUCUUAUGUUUUUAGGUCAUUCUUUAAAAUAAUGGUUCUUGUUAUAAGCUUUGGUUUGGCUCACUCAAUGCUACUGUUACCAGUGAUCCUUUCAUUGAUCGGUCCAACUAAUGACCGUAAUAUUAAAGGGAAACCACAAGACAAAAAGGGAGUGCAAUUAAUAGAGAUUAAAGCGACUAAUACUACUUCAGGCACAAACGUGUAAGUAGCAAAUAUAUCACCAUCCUCGGUAUCCCCAGGGUAUAGUGGAGUAGAACGGAAUGAGGAUACACUGGGGAUACCGAGGAGGAUAUAUCGCCCAGUAUAACCUAAGUUACACAUACUGCACCAAGGAAUAGCGAUGCACUGAAGCACAAUACAGGGGCCAUAUAACCCAGUAUCUCUCAAGACAUAAAGCCACCAGAGGAAGAAAAUAUAUUUUCCUUCGUUUGAGCGAAUUGAGUAAAAAAGAAGGAAACUAUAUUCUGAUCUGGGAUGUAUGAGUGUACGUGUUGUGUUGUUGGAACAGGUUUUGUCAUUCAGGUCGAAAUCGCCACCAAGUUCAGUUCACAUUUGUUUUAAUAGUGAUUUACUGAUCUUGCCUUGUAUAGAAAUAAAUGUAGGUUUAUAUUAAACAUACAUUAUGGGAGAUUAGAUAAAGAGCUGGCAGUUCUCACUAUAAUAGCUAAAAACUAGAUAAUGUGAAAGGAAUAUGCUGAAAAUUUAGUCAAAUUGCUCCUCUAUGAACCGAAAAUUUAGCGAUUGAAAUUUUGGCCUAACCUUGAUCAUCAGUACGAUAGAAAAACAUAGUCUCAAUUAUCCAUUUUUGGAUUAAAUAUUCAAAUCCAAUAAAUAUCGCAGGCUAGCGAUGACAUCGAGAGUUGAUUAUUGCCUGGAUAGGUUAAUUAAUGUCUAAUUAAUAAUUUAAUAAUAUUUCAGACCUAAAGAAAGACCUGCAAUAUCCAGAUUUAGCCCUUGCAUAAUGUAUGUUUAAGCGAUGCAUUAUUUGUGUAAGCUUAUAGGACGGUGAUAUUUAUAUGUAUAUUAUAUUAAAUUAUUGUGCUAUUAUUGGGUGCAUGUAUUUAGUGCCAAACGAGAUAAGAUUGGAGGAGACAUCUAGUCAAUACAAAGUUCAGUCUGGUUAAAACACAGAUCCUAUUUCGUUUCAUUUUUUUAUAGUUCAAAAUUUCGUUUUACUUGUCUUUACUACACUAGGAUCUGGAAGAGUUGUUAUAUUAUCAGCGUUUUAGUUGAAGUGAAGAAUUAACCAAUGAAAUAGUCUGUUACGGUGACUUCUUGGCGUGCCAUGCACGGAUCUGUGGGUAAACCACUAGAAACGCCAACGCUGAUUGAUUAAAGAUACAUCAUGGGAGAUAAGAUAAAGAGAUGGCAGUUCUCGCUAUAAUAGUUAAAAACUAGAUAGUGUAAAGGUAAUUUGCUGAAAAUUUCAGUCAAAUUGAUCCACUAUGAGCCGAGAAAGAAGCGGAUGAAAUUUUUGCAUAGUCUCGGUCAUCAUUACUAAAAUCAUUAAUAUAAACAGCAUAGUCUCGAUUAUCCACUUUUUUUUUAUUUAAUUAUCAAUGGCCGUUAGCGGCAUAUAGGAAUCUAAUCCAGCCAACAUCGAUGGCUAGCCUUGACAUCGAGAGUUUAUUAUGGUCUGGAUAAGUUAAUUAAUGUCUAAUUGAUAAUUUAGAUAACAUUUCAGGCCUAAAGAAAGACUUGUAAUAAGCAGAUUUUGUUCUUGCAUAAUGCAUGUUUAAUCAAUGUCUGACGUCAUAGGGUCAAAAGCCGCUCGUACGAUCCGACACGACCUUAUAGUACAACUUGUCAGAUCUUCAUGUAGUGUAGGCAAUCGAAAGUAUAAAAAAACGAAAUGAAAUAUAGAUCUUUAUUUGAAUCAGAUUGUACAAAGUUAAACAUAUUGCAUUUUAUUGAUCAUUUUUUUUUCUUUUAAUUUUUUUGGGGGGUUAUGCCGUGAGUGGAGAAAAACAUGGUCUUUUGUCGACUCACUACUAAUUUCCCAUAAAAUGGGUUUGUGUUUCACGAAGACCAUAAAUGGGUCAUAAAGUUUUGUUUUGGUCUUUUGUUGACUCACAAUAAUUUCCCAUAAAAUGGGUUUGUGUUUCACAAAGACCAUAAAUGGGUCAUAAAGUUUUGUUUUGGUCUUUUGUUGACUCACUACUAAUUUCCCAUAAAAUGGGUUUGUGUUUCACAAAGACCAUAAAUGGGUCAUAAAGACUGCAAAUGGAUCACAAAGACCGUAAAUGGAUCUUUGGCAUUGAACAAAGGCUCGUACUUUUGUUGAUCUGAACUUUUUUUAUUUAUAAAACGUUUACAAUUGCAGACAACCGGUGAAAUUUAAAGCUUCAAGCAUGUUUUAGAAAAUGUGAUUUAAUAUAUUAUUUUCAGGUUUUCGUUAUUUUGUUUUAUUAUUACCACACGCUCAUCAUUUUUUUGUUACUCAAUAAAAGGAGAAUUCUAGAUCGGAGACGGUCCUGCAUAUUUUAGCACAUAUGAUGUCAUAUGUGGACUGUGGGUUAGGUUAGGGUAGGGUUCUAGUUAUCAACCUUUUUUGCCAACGGCACUCCAUGGAACACAUGCAAAAAUAGUGGCACACCUGGCUAAAUAUAUAUGAAAAAUAUUUGAAUUUUGCAAAAUAAAGACAUGGCAAGUAAUAGACCGCAAACAAUCGUAGACACCGACUAGUCAUAGACACAUAAUAUGAUGACUCAAACUAAAAGAAAAACACAACUAGGAACUUACUUUAUUGCAGUGUUUCGAAUUUCAACUGGGUUCUUUAGUGAGAAAUGAUCUGAGUGUGCCGUUUAAAAUUUUGCGGCACACUUAGGAAGAUCUUACUACCCUAACCCUAACCCAAAUAUGACGUCAUAUGUGCAGGACCGUCCACGAUCUAGCUUUCUCCUGUUAAAUACUUUAUAUUGUAUGGCUUAAUCAAUCAUUAUUUUUAUCAUUGUGGGCGUAUUAUGUUAUUGGUCAGCCCAUCAACAUUACAUUGACUUGUAAACGCAAUAGAGGCUAAAGUUUAUCAAGAGUGUCAUAAGGCCUGUCAUUCAGUCAAGUGGCGUGGUUUCGAAUCUCCGGUUGUACGUGAUGAGGAGUAGGGUCGCCUGUCCAACCUCGUUGGUUUCCUCCAACUGCUAAAGACCCCUACGAUAAGCGAAUUAUUGAAAUAAAAUUAAACCAUAUGUUAGUCCCGAGAUGACCUAGUUUGUGUCAAAUGGGCGUUAAACCCAAUUUCUCACUCUUUUUAUCAAAAGGGUAGAGUUUUAAUGCUCUCUACCAGAGUUAUAGCCUAUCGAUAUUUAGGCCUCACUCCCUUUCAGUAAACAUUUUGAACGCGAUAGAUGCUAUAGUUUUUAACAGAUUAUUUUUAAAUUUGGUGGAAAGCAUUUUGGUCGUCAUGAGAUGAUGAACCUUAUCGAUUCUCAGUCUUCUGCAAAAGUUUGCACCAGAGUUACCCCCCUUUGCCAAAAACCUUGCCAUCGUCAGAGGCUAGUGUUUUUAAAAGAUUUUUUAAAAAAUUUGCUUUGAAACAAUGGCCGCAUAAGAUAUUCAGUGUUCUACGGCUUUCUAUUUCGGAGUUAUCUCUGAUAAUUACUGCCAGAGUUAUUAUCACCUGGAAAAACCUUGUGCAUGCUCUAGCAGUUAAAAGGCCAAUCCCGAUAAUAUUUUGGAGAAUAAAACUGCUUAAUUUUGUAUUAAAAUCCGUUAAAAUCCUCUACCUUAGGACCGAGUAACCAACAGUACCAACUCAACAUAUGUGAUACUUUUUUAAACAUCUUAACCUAGUCAGUCUUCAUCUGUAAGGGUUACGUGUCCCGAUAAGCAGUUUUGACGUUCACGUCCAAACGACUUAAUAUUUUGUGCUGAAAUUUUGAGACAUGGUAAAUACACCAUUCCUCUGUAUGUUGGUGCUUAAAUGUCAUACUUGAGACUCUGUUCAAACCGGGAUAGUCCCUUUAAAAGUUAUUUUGCUAUUUAUUAUAAUUUAAUACAUCGUGUUUAUGCGAUAUUUUCAACUCGUAUCGAUAACUGGAACCGGUACAAUUUUUGCAAAGUAAAAGUUAGCAUAUUAAAGUCGCUAAUUAAAUCCAUAACUCAGUAGGUAUAUUAAUCACCCAAAGCCUUCCACAUUGAAAAAACAAGUUAUUUGUCGAUUUAAAUCAACAUUGAUGUUGUGAUCUUACCAGGAAAAGAUGGACUUCUGAUAUCCAAUAUUUAAGACUAAAUAAACAUUUUGCCAGAGGUACACGAAUCGUGUACCAUAAUGCGUUUCGGCUACAUUUUUAACAACGGACUUGGAAGAACGAGACUAGACAUAUUCCACAAGUCCUGUCAAACGGUGAUGCCAUAUUCUUAUCUGGAGAGCAUGCGCAAUACAUACUAUUGUUGUAGACUGGAAUAACCAGGUGUUAGAGAUUGCCAUUCGAUUGAGAUGUCUGGCUUAUUUCGCCUAACAUAACUGAUUUGAAAUUAGAGUAAAAACGGAAACGAUUGAAUAUAAAUCAGUUUAUAUACAUUCAUAUUACAUUAUUAUAUGCGUUGCGCCCCACUUGGGCAAUUUCUAGGUCCCAAAUAUCAGCCAAUCAUAUUUAAAUUAUUUCUGAUAAUUACUUACUGGGAUUGUACACUUGCUCAGUUUUUAGAAUCUCUUAAAUAUGCACAACCCUUGUGGGCUGCUCUGACGACUUAGCAGCUGUGGGCGUAUGUUUUGUUGCCUGACAGCCUAUCUUUGUAUAUUUUAUGCUGAUGUGGCCUAUUAAUUGUUAUAAAUGUCAAUGUAAUACCAGUGACACAGAAGUAUUAAAACAUGCUUAUAAUAAUAAUAUGUAAAUUCGUUUUAGUAUAUUUUGUAUUGAUGUUAUUAAAAUUACUUGCAUAAAUGUCUCUGUAAUAACAAUGAGCAUCUACACUGGAGUGUGUUAGCUUUCCAAAGUAUUAAAUUAUUAUAAAUUAUGA